UCUUGUGAAUUCUCAUACAACUGAAAUCACUGCACAGAUUAAAUAACAGCAUAGUAUAAUUGAGUUGCGUUUCGCAUUUCAUAUUUACACGUCAGCUUGUAAAUAUCAUAAAAGGUUCUAUUUUCUCUUCUCACAUCUUACUGAGGGAGCAUUUGAACUCGUGAGAGAUGAAGGCUGACACGUUUACAAAUAAAUCAGAGCAAAGGGUUCUUGUUAGGACAUUCUUGGGGGGAUUGCAGCAGCACUGAGUAACAAAUCUUAAACUCAUUGUUCUGUUUUUCCGCCCUCCCCUUCAUGUGACAGGGGGGCCAGAAAACAAAGGUUCACUUGGGACACGUCGCCGGAUAGGUUCAUUUUACACUUUUUGUGCGAGAGGGACGUGAGUUGGGAAAAGUCCAACAGUUGUUGUGGUCCUCAGUCGACAACAUGGCGGCGUACACGUUACCCGAGGGCUUCGCCGAUUUUGACAUGUUCUUGUUCGGCUCUGCGCUCUUUGUCGGCGGCGUCCUCGGGUUCCUCCUGAACGCCGUCACCGUCGCCUCCUUCCUGGGCGUCCGGGAGCUGAGGACGCCCAGUAACUACCUGGUCUUCAACUUGGCCCUGGCCGACAUCUGCCUCAACGUGAACGGACUCACGGCCGCCUACGCCAGCUACCUCCGACAUUGGCCCUUUGGCCAGAACGGAUGCGCUUAUCACGGCUUCCAGGGCAUGAUCGCCGUCCUGGCAUCCAUCAGCUUCAUGGCAGCCAUCGCUUGGGACCGAUAUCACCAGUACUGCACCAGACAAAAGCUCUUCUGGAGCACAGCAAUCGUUAUGAGUGCCAUCAUCUGGGUCCUGUCCAUCUUCUGGGCCACCGUCCCGCUCAUGGGCUGGGGCGUGUACGACUUUGAACCCAUGAGGACCUGCUGCACGCUGGACUACACCAGAGGAGACAGGGACUUUGUCACCUUCAUGCUUACCCUAGUGUUGCUCUACUUGACCUUCCCGGCGCUCACCAUGCUGUCGUGCUACAGCUCCAUUUACAAACACUUCAAGAAAAUCCAUCACCACCGGUUCAACACCAGUUUGCCGUUGAGGGUGAUGCUAAUGUGCUGGGGCCCUUACGUCCUCAUGUGCAUUUACGCUUGCUUCCAAAACGUCAACGUCAUAUCGCCAAAGCUACGAAUGGUGCUUCCGGUGGUGGCCAAGACCAACCCCAUCUUCAACGCGCUGCUCUACUCUUUCGGUAACGAGUUCUACCGCGGCGGCGUGUGGUACUUCCUUACCGGGCAGAAGAUAGCCGAGCCAGAUUUGAAGAAGUCCAAGUCCAAAUAGAUAAAAAAGAUGAGCAUUUUCUUGGAACUGUUUGUACAGUUUUAAUAAUAUUUCACUGUGGGUACCUCCUUUUUAAAAUGUGACAUGAUGAAAACUGCCUCCAGGCUUUCAGACGAGCCUGUCUAUCAAGUUUUAUGAACAAAAAGUAUUUGGAUGCAAAUACUCUUUAGUUUUUCGCUAAACCAAACAUGCUUACAAAAUACAUAUUUACCUGUUUGAAUAUCCCCAAAAGCAUCCCUACACAUUGGCAGUACGAAAAUAAACUCAUUGAUGACUUCGAACUGUUUCCGAUAUGCAAUUGCAGUUAAUAAUAACCCAACUAGUUCAUCGCUGGUCAGAUAAGCUUUAAAGGUAGCCUACUCCAAAUUUUAUUUGCAAGAAAAAUCCUAACUUGGGUUGAAACCCUGAUUCUUUAUGCAUCACAAGACUGAAUGCUUCCAACUUUGUGGGAACAAAUGGUUUAUUUGAGUGAGUUUGGUAUGUAAGAACCUGAAACCACAUUUGAAUGAGAACAGAUGGUAAGGCAGGACCUCCCUUUCGGUGUCCCAAUACUUUUGUCCACAUCGUUGACAGUGAGUAAAUCAGUGAAUAUAACAAAUGAUGCAUUCACGUACUGUAUAGACAGGAAUGUUAAUCCAUAAAUAAGUAGUUCAGAUGGAGUGAUUUAUUGUAAUAAUUAAAUCAUGACUGCAACAACAUACAACAGCUUGGGAUCUUUUUUUUUGUUUUUUUUUUGCUUUCACAAAUGACGGGUCCCUGAAUGCACUGUGGUGAUCUGCUUAACAAAUUCGCUCCAGUUAAGCUGCCAGGAGACGCAAGCCGGUCGUCACACUGACCUGCGAGGCACAAAGCGGUGGCGUCAAUGGCGGCACAUCGUGGUGGGAGUGGAGGGGAUAAUGGUUCAGGGGGCCCUGCUGGGAAUACAACAUCGUCGUAUUAACCUUUACAACAAAAUCAUUCUACUUUCUGGUUGAUUGAUCUCAUUAGAUUGUGUACCUCAGUGAUUUCAAACCAUGUAGUGUGCCAUGAGAGAUCAACAGGUGUGCCACAGGAAAUGAUCAAUUUACCCGAAAAUGUUUUCAAUUCCCCCAGAAAUAACAUCUUUUGUUCAUCUAUCUAUGUCAGUGACAUAUAGUGACGCAGGCAGAACAAUUAAAUACUCUUAAGUACUGUA